UGGCGCGUCCUCCACUGCCGAAACCUAACACCGCCGUCGCGUUAUGCCUCUGACUGUCGACUUUUAAUACUGGUCGCGCCGAGAUAUGUAGUGAUAAUCAAUGUCUUUGACUUCUCAACAUUGAUUUCGAAGUCUUUCAAUGUGAGACCAAAACACAGCAUUUUGAAAGUUCUGUUUCAUCACUGCGGCUGCUCAAUUGACGAAGGGGACAACCAGUGAGAGAAAUCGGAAAGAUGGGAAGAUUAGCAGUUGCAGUGAUGGUGAGCUUGUGGGUGAUUCCCAUUUCUAUCCUCGUCAAUCGUAUUGUGCCCGAACCCUACAUGGACGAGAUAUUCCACAUGCCUCAGGCUCAGCAGUACUGCAAAGGAAAUUUCAGAAGCUGGGAUCCAAUGAUUACCACUCCUCCUGGCCUGUACUAUCUUUCACUUGCCCAUGCUACUUUUCUGUUUCCAGGCUUGUCAUACAUAAAUGGAGCCUCCUCAAUUUUUGAAGUGUGCUCCCCUGUGAUCCUUCGAUCUGUAAAUGGUGUUUUGGCAGUAAUAUGCAGUAUUCUUCUGUAUGAGAUCAUAACCCUGUUGAGACCAGCCCUUGAUGAUAGAAAAGCUACAUUUUAUGCUGUUGUCCUUUCCAUGUAUCCUCUCCAUUGGUUCUUUACAUUUCUCUACUAUACAGAUGUAGCGUCACUUACUGCUGUGCUUGCUAUGUAUCUUGCUUGUUUGAGGAAGAGUUACUGGUUCAGCGGAUUGCUUGGUGCCAUGGCAGUGGCCAUUCGACAAACAAAUAUUAUAUGGAUGCUUUUUGUUGCAUGCAGUGAGAUCAUAAAUAUUACUUUAGGCCACCAAAGAGAUAAAAUAGACAUUGAUGAUGCCAGUGUCUCCAUCAGGAAAAAUAGUCAGCAGGCUCCUGAAAAUAAUGCCAUUUUGAGCUCAAACCUGAGAAAGAGAAUUAUCAGUAGUAAAUUAGAUACUGGUGCACAGUCAACUCACACUAGAAGUUCUACGUCAAGAAUAAGCACACCAGUGUUCUUGGCAUUUUUGGUUACUUUGACUGCAGGAUUGGUUGAUGAUAUUAUUGCUGUAUGUUUAACAAGUUUGCAUAUGAAGAAGAAGCUUUUUGUUGCUUUUUCCCCCUUUAUUAUCUUAUUGGUAGCAUUUGUUGCUUUUGUCCGCUGGAAUGGGAGUGUAGUUCUUGGUGCUAAAGAAGCUCAUGCUGUUUCAUUACAUUUUGCACAAAUCUUGUACUUCGGUAUAUUUUCUGCUCUUGUUUUGGCUCCGCUCUAUUUCAGUUUUGAAGAAACCAUAAAUUUUUUCCAGUCAUUCUGGAAGAAUAGGCCCCACAGUUUCUUUCAAGCAAUUUUGGCACUUAUUGCUGGCUUCAUCUCUGUUCAUUUCUUCAGCAUCGCUCAUCCAUAUCUUCUUGCUGAUAAUCGGCACUAUACCUUCUAUCUAUGGCGGAAGAUCAUCAAAGCUUAUUGGCCAAUGAAAUACCUCCUGGUCCCGCUAUAUGUGUAUUCGUGGCUUUCCAUCUGCACUAGAUUGGGGAAAGUUCAGAGGAAGAUUUGGGUGUUGGGAUAUUUUUUGGCCACUGCUGCAGUUCUGAUUCCUGCUCCACUGAUUGAGUUCAGAUACUACACCAUCCCAUUCAUUUUCUUGAUACUUCAUUCCCAUAAUAAUGAUAUCCAAAGCUGGGUUCUGAUGGGAUUUUUGUAUGUGGCCCUUAAUAUUUUCACAAUGAUCAUGUUCUUGUAUAGGCCAUUCCACUGGGACCAUGAGCUUGGGACCCAGAGGUUUAUAUGGUAGAAGAAAUAGAAUGGUCUUGAAUGCUUUUUCAAUAACUUUCAGUUAGACACAUUUACUAAACUCUUUCCAUAUAUAUAAAUUGUAAUAGUUCAAA